AUGAAAUUAACUCAUUUAUUGCCAUUUACAAUUGGUUUGCCUAAGGAAUCAUUUCAAGAGAAGAGUAUCGACGAUAUCGACGAUCAACAGCCAAAACCGCAAUUGUCAUAUAUCGGCUUAAUUGCGACAGCAAUACUUAGCUCUCGUCAGAAGAAAAUGAUUUUAUCUGAAGUAUACCAGUGGAUUAUCGAUAAUUAUCCAUAUUUUCGAACAAAAGGACCUGGCUGGAGGAAUUCUAUACGACAUAAUUUGAGUCUCAACGAUUGUUUCAUUAAGGCUGGCAGAUCUGCUAAUGGAAAGGGUAAUUAUUGGGCAAUUCAUCCAGCGAAUGUUGAAGAUUUUCAAAAGGGCGAUUUUAGAAGGAAGAGAGCUCAACGAAAGGUUCGGCAGCAUAUGGGUUUAUCCAUAAACGACGAUGACUAUUCGGAUGACAGCCCAGUAAGAACAACUUUGCCGAAAAAGAAAUCGUUCAGCGUUGAGUCGAUCCUAAAACCAGAUUUUAGACCAAAUCAACAAAUCUAUUCGACAAAUGAUAUAAUAUUUUUAAAAUAA